GCCUUCCCAGCAUGCAGCGCUCUCGCCUGCGCCUCCGUUGAGCCGCCAUGUUGUUGGAGUGAAAGGCUGGGGUGUCAAAGAGAAACCGGGGCUGAAAUCCGCGUCCAUCCUCCCUCUCCGCCGGCUGUGGUGGAAUGAGCAGUGUGUGUGUGCUGAAGAGGAAAGCAGUGCUCUGGCAGGAUUCAUUCAGCCCCCACCAUAGAAGUACAUCCCCCAGCAUGCCCGUGGUGCUGAGCAGCGGAGGACAUGCCCCUCCAACAGGGCAGACCCCUCAGGCCAUGCCCCCCAGCCAGCAGGGUGUGGCAGGUGCUGGACGCUCCCAGGAUGAUGCCAUGGUAGACUAUUUCUUCCAGCGGCAGCACGGUGAACAACCUGGCAAACAUCGCUGGCCCACUGGAGACAACAUCCAUGACAGCCAGCAGGUGCGAUCCAUGGACGAACUGAACCAUGACUUUCAGGCUCUGGCUCUGGAGGGACGCGCCAUGGGAGAGCAGAUGCUACCUGGUAAGAAGUUCUGGGAGACGGACGACUCAGGGAAGGACGGACCUAAAGGGAUCUUUCUGGACCAGUGGAGGGACAGCGCAUGGGGGGCUUCUGAUCACUCCGUGUCUCAGCCAAUCAUGGUGUCCCGUCGGCCGGGCCAAGGUUUCCAUGGCGGUGGGGAAGUCGGGGUGGGCUCUGUGAUGUCACCGCGCUCUGAGAGUGGAGGGCUGGGAGUGAGCAUGGUGGAGUACGUCCUCUCCUCCUCACCGGCUGAAAAACUGGAUUCCUGCCUCCGAAAAGGACCUUAUGGACAGAGGGAUGGAGAGGUGGAGGAGGAGAAGCGGGAGAAGCCGAAGGCAACAUUCGAAGGGGAGAAACUGAAAGAGUUGACCGAAGUUGAAGCUGAUAUAAUCAACGACGUCAUCAACCCCAACGGGCUGCCCGUGCAGAACGGCCUCGACGUCGACGUCAAAGAGUUUGGUCGCCCCCCUGGCAACAUGCCGGUCCCAGGUCCUGAAGGGGACCUGCUUGGAGGUCCCGGGGGUGUGGGGCCUGAUGGCAUGACACCCAUGGGUGGCGUUGGAGGCCCCAAACCUCCCGAAGACUUCUCUGGCGUGGAACAAGGUGGCGUCGCCAUGGACCCGAUGGAGUCAGUGAUGGAGCCGCUUCAGUUUGACUACAACUCACAAAUGCCCAUGGACAAUGCGCCCACCGUGGGCCUAUUUGAUUACGCCAACCAGCAGCAGCUGUUUCAGAGAAACAACGCGCUAGCAGUGCAGCAGUUGACGGCCGCCCAGCAGCAGCAGUACGCCCUGGCAGCAGCACAGCAGUCUCACAUUGGUCUGGCGCAAGCGUUUGUUCCCAAUCCUUACAUCAUAAGUGCUGCUCCACCAGGGACGGACCCCUACGCAGCCGGCUUGGCAGCAGCAGCUACACUCGGUCCUGCAGUGAUGCCUCCCCAGUACUACGGCGUGACCCCCUGGGGGGUCUACCCUGCCAACCUUUUCCAGCAGCAGGCUGCUGCAGCCAACAGCUCGGCCAAUCAGCAGGCGGCAAACCAGAACCAGCAGAACCAACAGCAGGUAAUGCGUGCUGGUGGCAACCAGCGACCCUUGACCCCCAGCCAAGGUCAACAGAAUCAGCAGAAUGACCAGCUGGUUGCAGCAGCAGCAGUUAACUCAGCCCUCGCCUUCGGGCAAGGGUUAGCAGCAGGAGUCCCCGGCUACCCUGUCCUGGCCCCUGCAGCCUAUUAUGACCAGACAGGAGCCCUCGUGGUCAACACUGGAGGUCGAAGUGGCCCCGUCCGCCUCAUGGGCCCCGCCUCCGUCAUCAUAUCUCCUUCUGCGGCACAAGCAGUUGCAGCAGCAGCAGCCUCCGCAGGUGGUGCCAACGGUGGUCUCGGCGGUGGGGCCAACGGUCCGUUUCGAGCCAUGACGUCCCAGCAGCCUCAGCAGCAGGGUGGCCCCGGUGGCGCUCUGGGAGGAAGCUCCUUCUACGGAUCCUCCUCCCUGAACUCGUCCUCCCAGAGCUCCUCCCUCUUCUCACAAGGCUCAGGCCAGCCAGGACCAGGUUCUGCCUCCUUGGGCUUCAGCCAGCAGGCCUCCUCCUCCCUCGGUGCCACACUGGGGGCCACGCUCGGAGGCUUCGGCACUGCAGGUAGGACUACACCUUUCCCACGGAGUCUACUGCUGGAGUCUUAUCAAAGCGUGGCCAACUCAAGUGGUGGCAGCGGUUCCAGGCGGGACUCACUGACAGGCAACAGUGAGCUGUACAAACGCACGCCCUCCAGCCUCACCCCCAUCGGCCAUGGAGGCUUCUACAACGGCACCUUGGGCUUCAGUCCAUCCCCUGGCCCCGUGGGAAUGCCCCUGCCCAACCAGGGCCCCUCCCAUUCCCUCACACCCCCACCUUCUCUAUCCAACCACAGCUCCUCCUCCAACCUCAAUCUCGGAGGCCUGACCAAUGGCAGUGGGCGUUUCAUCUCCGCAGCUCCGGGGGCAGAGGCCAAGUACCGCAGUGCCGCCAGCUCAGGCUCCUCCCUUUUUUCACCCAGCAGUCAGCUGUUCCCGUCGUCACGGCUACGCUAUGGCAUGUCGGACGUGAUGCCAUCCGGCCGCAGCCGCCUAUUGGAGGACUUCAGGAACAACCGCUACCCCAACCUGCAGCUCAGAGACAUUGCCGGUCACAUCAUGGAGUUCAGCCAGGACCAGCACGGCAGCAGGUUCAUCCAGUUGAAAUUGGAGCGAGCCAGUUCAGCAGAGCGCCAGCUCGUCUUCAGUGAGAUCCUGCAGGCAGCCUACCAGCUGAUGGUGGACGUCUUUGGAAAUUACGUCAUCCAGAAGUUUUUUGAGUUUGGCAGCCUGGACCAGAAGCUGGCUCUGGCAGAGAGGAUCCGAGGUCAUGUGCUGUCUCUGGCUCUGCAGAUGUAUGGCUGCAGGGUCAUUCAGAAAGCUCUGGAGUUCAUCCCCUCUGAUCAGCAGGUCAUUAGUGAGAUGGUGCGGGAGCUGGACGGCCACGUCUUGAAGUGCGUGAAGGACCAGAACGGUAACCACGUGGUCCAGAAGUGCAUCGAGUGCGUCCAGCCUCACGCGCUGCACUUCAUCAUAGACGCCUUCAAGGGACAGGUCUUUGCCCUCUCCACUCACCCUUAUGGCUGCCGAGUCAUUCAGCGCAUUCUCGAACACUGCCUUCCUGAACAGACGCUGCCUAUACUGGAGGAGCUCCAUCAACACACAGAGCAGCUGGUGCAGGACCAGUACGGCAACUAUGUGAUCCAGCAUGUUUUGGAGCACGGCCGAGCUGAAGAUAAGAGCAAGAUAGUGGCGGAAAUUCGAGGCAAUGUACUGGGACUGAGCCAGCACAAGUUUGCCAGUAAUGUGGUGGAGAAAUGCGUGACCCACGCCUCUCGGGCCGAACGGGCCGUGCUGAUAGAUGAGGUGUGCAGCCUGACGGAGGGCCCCCACAGUGCCUUAUACACCAUGAUGAAGGACCAGUACGCCAACUACGUGGUGCAGAAGAUGAUCGACGUGGCUGAGCCGACCCAGCGCAAGAUCGUAAUGCACAAGAUCCGGCCUCACGUUACCACCCUGAGGAAGUACACAUAUGGAAAACACAUCCUGGCCAAGCUGGAGAAAUACUACAUGAAGAACGGCGUCGACCUGGGUCCUCUCUGCGGCCCUCCCAACGGCAUCAUGUAAACCGAUUUCCCCUCCCUUUCCAGCCUGAAAUCCUCGUCUACCACCUGAUCUCCCCUGCCCCCAACCCUUCCUGAGCUGUCUGACCCUUGAUGGGGCAUCAUACCCUCAUUCCCCCUCCAAAUCCUGCUCACCGAGGACAUUGAGUACCCCCUCAACCUUGUUCCCAUGACAACCUUUUGGGAGGAGCCUGUUGCUACAGGCAGCCUUAGUUUUUGUCAGAUAUUGUUGCCCCUCCCCCACCUGCGCCCAGGCCCAUUGAUCUGGGGGAGUGAGGGAAGGAGGGCAGGGAGUGGGGAGAGAUGGGACCUGUUCUGCUCAUCGCUUCACUCCCUCCUUUUUCUCUGUUUUGUUUCCAUUCAUGUCCUCUUCUCUGGUAAACUCAAAUCAUUUCACUUUUUGCUACUGCUGCACACACAAUCCUAUUGUCCCCUUCUCCUCCCAUCCUAUUCACCACUACGAGAUGGAAUGAGUAUUUAAUUUGUCAGACGUCACAGAAUCAUAAGGAGAACACCCGCACUCGCACACACUUCAUCGGCUAACCAGCAGACAGAUCAUUUAGCAUGGGAGAUUCGUUUUCUGGUCUUGCUUCUAUAAAUAUAACGUGUAUACUUGGUGUAGACCUUUGCAUAUAUAUAUAAAUAUAUAUAUAUAAAACUUUGUAGUUUUUCUGGUUUUUGAUGUUGAAUCUGUAUCUAUAAUGUAUCCUAGUAGUGACCACAUACUUCUGACUGUAUAAUUGUACAUUUGUAAACCCUUGUAAUGUAAAAGUGCUUUACCACCCUUUUUGGUAUGAGAAGGAAAAGAAAAAUGUUCACUGAAAAAAAUCUUAGAAAAAAAACCCUGUGCAUUUCAGUGUAUAUUCUCACCUCCUUGGUUGUGACAUAUGAGUUGUUGUAUAUUGUAAAUUGUAAUAUCAAAUUUUUGUUUUGAAAAGCCCUUUCUAUACAGCGUAGUACUUGUACAAAGAUUCGCCACGCUUGGUUUUAUCUUUAUCUUGUCACUGCUUAACUUAAGACGUCGACCUCCCACUGACUCCCAAUUGGACAUGUUCUGUUAGACUUAGUGGUGUCUUCUGGUUUAUGUUGAAGGUUUUUGUUUUGUUUUUGACCUUUUUUUAAGAUCUUUUUAUAGGAAUGCUUUACCCCCACGAAAUGUCAUGUGUAUGGGUACGCUGGCCGGGUGGGAUAAAAACCUUUUACUCAUUUACCCCUCUCCCUGUCCCCCCGCCCCUCUAUUAUUCAUGACUGUUUUCAGAGGGGUAAACCCAUGGAUUGUACAGAGAAGAUUCUUGUGUUUUUUGGCAUUUCUCUAGUGCUGUAAGUGCUGUAUCAUACUGUCCAUGUCCUUUUGGGUGAGAGAGGCAGCCCGCCACGGUGCGGUGUACAUUUGGAGCAGCCUUGUGUAUAUUUACUACGAGCACACCUGUAACCAUAUGUGUAUAGUUAACAGAACCUGUGUAUGCUUAUUGCCUGGGCAACUAUUUUUUGUAACUCCUGUUGUAGAUUGUCUCUAAACAAUUGUGUGAUCUUUAUUUUGAAACCAAACUGAAAAAAAACUUUGAAAAUUUAA